AUGUCGCAUCCCCGGUCGCGAUCCCCAUCGCUCCCAUCUGAGGGUGAGAUCGUUGAGCCAGGCCCAGGAAUGAAGGCAACUGCGUCAAAACUUCCCUUAAAUGGCACCAACAUUGACCGUCCCCCCAGAGCUAGCCCGUCACUGGCACCGAGAUCUCCCACAUCGCUUGAUGGCCAUCACUCGCCGCCUUAUCGGAGUUCCCGGGCCAGGUCCCCUACGAGAUCCCGUUCGAGAUCCCCAUAUCGGGAACACCCAGGUCACAGACGUAGACACGGUGAUUCUCACAAUGACCCCGCAGACCGGUACCCGCGGUAUGAGCCAUCGCAGCGUUACAGGUCCCAUGCCGACAAUAGACCCCAUCACCAGGCACCCAAUAGCCACCGAAUCAGGCCUUACCACGACUACGACCGCGAAGAACCCUAUGGUGACGGACUACGGUACAGUGAUGACCAUGACCAACGCAGAGAUAAGCGGCAGCGCACCCGCAGUCGCUCCCCUUACCGUGAGGCGAGAAGGCCCAGGAAAUACUCAAGUGACGAUCAUAGCUCGAAGGUGGAUCACGGCAGGCCCACUGAAAAACUAAUGAGAGAUCGAGCAAAGGAGUCUGCCGCUCCCGAAUCAAAGCGUGGGGCUGAGAAACGAGAGAACCAGGUUCAAGCUUCCUCUGGUCGCCAGGCUUACGUCUCUAAUGAAGAACUCCAUCCUAACCCAGAGAUUGUGCAAGUGCCGGAGGCCGCUGAGCCCGUUAAUGAAGCCGACGCACUCGAGGCUCGCCGGAAACGCCGUGAGGCAAUCCGCGCGAAGUACCAAAACCAGGCGUCGCCCGCAAAUCUUCAACCACCGCAUGUUGGCGAGAGUGAGACGGAGGCUUCUACACCUGGUAAUGAGCCAAUUAACACCAAGAUGCCCGACUCCUCCCGAGAAUUGCCUCAACAGCCUGCGGACCUCAAACAUGCUUCGAACAAUGACCAAGACACCGAGAUGGCGCACUCUGGUGCUUCUGGAGACACCUCUCAAAAGGAUGGACAGUCUGCUAUUGAUGGUCACCCAGCGAUCGACAUGAAGGAAGAAGUACAGAAGCACACCAAUGUCCAGAUUGAGAAGAACGACAUUUCAUCCGCUGCGUAUGACGAACUCGAUACCGCCAUUCAGGACCAUCCCCUUCCUGUUGAAACAUCAGCGCCGGCCACGAUGGAUGCAGGUGACUUUGAUAUGUUUGCAGACGGCGAUGACGAUAUGUUUGCUGAAGAAAAUGACCAACCUCGCCCGGCCCCUGGGCCAACUGCAGCCGUUCCUCGGGGUACGCAAAUCGCCGAGAUGGUAGACGAGUGGGACGACUCCCAGGGGUACUACAACAUUCGACUUGGAGAACUGAUGGACAAGCGUUAUCAUGUCCAGGAAAAACUUGGCAGAGGAACGUUCGCAGCCGUUGUGCGAGCGAGGGACGCGAAAACAGGGAACUUAGUUGCCAUCAAAAUCAUCCGCCAUAACCACACCAUGCGCAAGGAGGGUCUGAAGGAGAUCGAGGUACUGGAGCUUUUGCAAAAGACCGACCCCGAAGGCAAGCGGCACGUCAUCAAGCUUGAUCGACACUUUGAGCACAAAGGGCAUCUGUGUUUGGUAUUUGAAAAUCUGCACAUGGAUUUGCGCGAGCUCUUGAAAAAGUUUGGCAAGAAUGUCGGUCUGAACCUGCGUGCAAUCCGGGUUUACGGUCAACAGAUCUUCCUUGCGCUCAGUCUUCUCCGCCAGUGUAACCUGAUCCACGCCGAUCUCAAACCGGACAAUAUGCUGGUGAAUGAACAACGCAACUUGUUGAAGAUUUGCGAUCUGGGUUCUGCGUUUCCCGCCACUGAUGCUCCAACUGCGCCCUACCUCGCCAGUCGGUUCUACCGUGCCCCAGAAAUCAUGCUGGGCAUCCCUUUCGACUUCGCUGUUGAUGUCUGGGCCAUUGGCUGUACCCUCUAUGAGCUGUACGCCGGUCAUUUCCUCUUCACCGGCCGAGACAACAACCAGAUGAUCCGUUCGAUUCUGGAAACUCGAGGCAAUUAUCCGCCGAAGCUAUUGCGUCGUGGAAGUCUGAGGGCUGACCAUUUCUCGAAUGACUCGGUCUUCGCGAGCUGGGAGCUCAACACUCUCACUGAUAUGAUCGAGCCGAAGCCCAUGGAUUUCAAGAAGCCCAAGCGUGACCUCAAAACCCGGCUGAUGGGUCAGGGCACUCGUGGGAUGCCUGAAGCCGAGGUCAAGGAACUUUCCUUGUUCGUUGACUUCCUCGACCGCUGCUUGGCUCUGAACCCGGAGAAACGUAUCACGCCGAACGAGGCUUUGGUGCACCCUUUCCUGGCGCGCCCUUUGUAG